AUGUCGGCAAAAGAAGCCUCAGCCGGCCCAGAGCUGCUUGAGAUACUCGAGCAGCACGUACACCACGAACCGCGUGGUUACCUUGAGUGGAAGCUCACUCCAGAGUUUCCCUCGGGGGGCGAGGUCCUUGCCUCCAUGGAGGAGACUAAGGACCUUCCUCACAACCGCGUGGGGGAAGUGUGGGAAUCCAAGGAGGCGUAUUUGGAGGCCCAGUACUCUAUCCUUCGCCGGGAGGGGACGGAGGGGCUGCGACAUGCAGUCAACCUGGUCCGCUCCAAUCCCGAGAGCCAGGAUGACGAGGAAGUCUGCGUCUACAAGCGGGUCCGAGUCCUUGGAUACCUGAUGGCCAGAAUUGGGCCCAUCUGUCGAAUUAGCUUCUCCACCGAGAACGCUGGCCGCCGCAUUCAGUGGCUGCAGUCGCCCCGGCUCACUCCCGGCACGAUCAUCGCCAUUUCGACUGCCGCAGACCAGUUCAGGACUAUCUGCAAGAUCGCAAGCGUGGCGCAGCGCCCAUACAAGGACGGGCUUGACCAAAACCCACCCCAGGUGGACAUCAUUUGGGCAAAAGCCAGCGACGCCGUCGUCGACCCUGAGCUGGAGCUCGUCAUGGUGGAGUCUCGGACCGGAUACUUUGAGGCAGUACGGCACGCUCUUGUUGGACUCCAGAUGGCCGCGACCUGCCAUUCGUUGUUGGACAAAUACCUGAUCAAUGGAGACAGGAGCGACCCUCCAGCACAGUUCAUUGUGGAUAAUCCAGUCAUGGACAUGUCGUCGUUGGUCCAUACCCGGAAUGGCUCGAUUGACUGGAAUCUCCUCCGAAAACACGACGUCCUCAAGGGUAUCCCAGAUGUUCGAGGCGUCACCAGCAUGGAUAAUUCGCAAGUUCAUGCCCUUCACCGCAUCGUUACGAAGGAGCUGGCAAUCAUCCAAGGCCCCCCAGGCACUGGCAAGACAUUCACCUCAGUCGCGGCUUUGAAAGUCAUCCUCGCCAGCCGAAAGCGCGGUGAUCCCCCCGUCGUCGUGGCAGCCCAGACCAACCACGCGUUGGAUCAGCUUCUGUCUCUCAUCCUCGACCAUGGCGCUCGCAUUGUCCGAGUCGGUGGCCGGACGGAGAAUGAGCGUAUUGCAGAACACACCGUCUUCAUGAUGCGACAGCGAUCCAAAGUCCAAUCCUCCGGCUUCCGGGCCAUUGAAGGAGCCCGCCAAGGCAACAUUCACAGGCUCAAGGGGUUGGUCUUGGCGGCUUUCAAUGACGGCCUCCUCGAUCCAAAUGCGCUCUUAGCUGCCGGUAUCCUUACCCAAUCCCAGUACACGUCCCUGGUCAACGAUGAUAUGGAGCAAUCCGAGAUUCACAGAUCCGGCGGACCUUUCUCCAUCUGGCUCGGAGCUGAGUGCGUCCCAGCCAAAGUCCUCCGCCAGACUGAAUGCAAUUGGGUGCAGGGAGACGACAACGACUUGGAGGGCAGAGAUCAUGAGUUCGACGGUGACCUCGAGCACAUUGCAGUUGAUGAAGAGGAUCGCGAGCGGAUCCGAGGCACUUUCAUCCGCCUCGCUCACAAGUGGACAGGCAAGGAACCCUCACACCUCUCGAGCUGGCAGUUCCGCGCCGAGAAGGAGCUGCGCAAGGAGGACUUGUUCGAGAUUCCCAAGGCCAUGCGCGGCGCCGUCUAUCAGCUCCUCAUGGCCCAGUUCAUCGCCAGGUUACAGCCUACGUUCGCUUCUCACCUCCAAGAGAAUAUCAACAUCUGCAAGGACUCAAAGAUCAACAGAUGGGAGACGGACAUCGAGAUCGUCGCCGAGGAGUGCAUCGACGUUGUCGGCUGCACCACAACCGGUCUCACGAAGUACCGUGGUUUCCUUGCUGCGCUUCAGCCGCGCACCCUCAUGAUCGAGGAGGCGGCCGAGACUCGUGAGAGCAAUAUCAGCUCGGCCCUUUACCCGUCUCUCCAGCAGCUGAUCCUGGUCGGUGACCAUCAGCAGCUCGCACCCAAUUGCGAUGUCCGAUGGCUUGGCGAAAGCCCUUUUUACCUGAAUGUCUCGCUGUUCCAGCGCAUGAUCGAACUCGGAGUUCCGUACAUCAUGCUCAACCAGCAGCGCAGAAUGAUCCCCAGCAUCCGCCGGAUCCUGACGCCUUUCUAUCCCGAGCUGACUGACCACCCGCUCGUCACCGACAUUACCAAGAGGCCACCUGUGCCUGGGAUGGGCGGUCACGAUACUUGGUUGUUCACCCACAACUGGGAAGAGGAUAUGGACUCAAACCUUAGCAGGUUUAACGAGCAGGAAGCCCAGAUGGUUGUUCGCUUCUUCUCAUACCUCGUCUCAAACGGUGUCAAGCCCGCCCAGAUCAGCAUCCUCACCUUCUACAACGGCCAGCGCAAGACCAUCUUGGGCAAGUUGAAGAAGCACGGCUCGAUCACCGCCGACUCAUUCAACGUCUUCACUGUCGAUUCCUACCAGGGCGAGGAAAACGACAUUGUCCUUCUCUCUCUGGUUCGCAGCCCGAGAGAGAACCGUCCGUGGUCGAUCGGAUUCCUGGAGAACCAGAACCGGGCAGUCGUUGCCAUCAGUCGCGCCCGUCGGGGCUUCUACCUGUUUGGCAACAUGGACAACGUUCUCAGUGCCGACCAGGAUGCGCGGGAGUUGUGGGGGAGGAUCUGGAACGGCUUCGCCGAGAUCGGUCGAGUGAAGCGAAAGAAGGGUCUCCCUCUGACCUGCCAGAAGCACGGGAAUACGAUCUGGAUCAAGGAGGUCGAGGACUGGGGCGACAAUGCUGGCGGCUGCGACGAAGUUUGCCAAGGUAUCCGACCUUGCGGACACCAGUGCACGCUGAAGUGCCACAUAAUCCCGCACGAGAACCUUGGCUGCAGCCAUCCGUGCCGCAAAGUCAUGGACUGCGGGCACAGAUGUGCCAGUAUGUGCAGUCUAGAGUGUCACUGCAACUGUGAUGACUUCCGGUCACUCAUGGAGAAGAAACAGGCCCGGGCCAACAAGGCCGAGGACCAUCUUCACAUGUCGUUUGAAGAGCUCCUGACCUUGGAGGCCGCUCCCGGCACCCCCAGUGGGUAUGGCGAGCAAUCAACCAGUAUGCAGGUCGCCCCGCAUCCGGAAAACCUGCCAUCCCCCCCGGCCAGGGCCUCGCCAGCCCAGGCAAGAGAGAUCUCCAAUGGCGCCGCAAAAUUUCGCGACUUGGUAAAGAACAUCAAGCAGCACGACGAGAAAUGCUAUCUCGAUCGCUGCGCAGCUUUGGGGGUUGAACUCUACGAUACAAACGCGACUGGCGAGGAACAAUGUCCUUUCCCAUCUUCUUCCUCGGGUCACGCGGAGCCGACCCGACGGCCGUCUCAGCCUAUCAUUAGGGACACGUACAAGCCGACGACGCUUAUCAACGGCGUGCGUGCCCGAGCCGGACCAAAGGUGGUGGUCUGCCACGGCGGUCCUAGCGCGCCUUCGGGCACCAAGUCGCUGUCUCCGGCCGCGGAGAAGGAGAUGGAGAAGGAGGACGGCCCUUCUGGGGAGGAUGAGGACUGGCUGAUUGAGUUGUGAUUGAAGUGGCGUGGCCUGUCGGCCACCACGGUGGCAGGCAGGUAUGUGCUGUCCUGGGCAGCUUGAUGGUAUGUCUUAGCACACGCGGGUUGAUUUGUGCGAGGGUAUUAUACCUGCGUGUGUUGCUUUGUUUUGUGUCGUGUUUGAGUUAUUUUCAUGGAGUUUGGUCAGGG